AUGUCAUACAACAGUAAUACACACUAUACUCCAAGGUAUGGUAAGAACCAUUCAAAGAAGAUAUAUGACAGCGGUACGGGAGGCAGAGAAGGAGUAACUCUGCAAGGUAAUCAGAGUUCUAGUACAUAUAUUGGUUCCGCAGGAAAAGAUCGUGAAACAGGUACAAGUUCCUUAUCAUACUCCUCAAGCAGACGUGACACUUAUGGUGGGUCUGGCUAUAGAUCUCGUUAUGAGUCAUACACUUCUAAAAACGGUUCGUCUAGUAGUAAUUCUUAUUACAGGACUGGACCAAAAGGUGGAAGUACUUAUUAUGGAUCCCGAAGCCAUUCAAUUAAUGGGCAAAGCACUACUGGUGGAGUAAGUGGAAAUGGUAGUAGUAACAUACCGAACAGAAGACGACCUGGAUUUGAUAGAUAUGAUUCGUAUUCAAAGUAUCUGGAUGGAAAUGACAAGUUUAUUUCGAGGGCUGGAAACUAUAGCAGCAGCAGCAGCAGCAGAAAAAGUUCGGAUCCUACAAGUAAUUAUGAUGCUAAAGAAGAUAAAAGAAAGUCAUCCUAUGUCAGUGCGAAUAAUACAAGCGAUCGUUUGAAUAAUCCAAUGAUUAGCUCUGAUCAACGAAGUUCAAAAUUUUCCCCUCAAGGACGUAGUACAACAAGAGAUAAGAAGAGGUUUGAACUGUUUGAUUUCAGAGGAGAUGACGGUGCAAAAAGAUCUACCACCAAAGAAGCACAUAAUUUUUUGAAUGAUUCACGAAAGAGUUCCAUUAGUGAUAUCUCAAGCCAAAAAUUUUCAAGGGAAAGUUCCCGUAAUGUUUCACGGGAAAGCAGCAGGCGGAGUUCAAUAAUAAAAAUUGAUCAUCAUACUAAUGUGGACGUGUCAACGAAACCGGAAAAUAUAAAUAGCAGAGAUAACAAAACUGAGAAGAAUAUGACUUUGAGUUCAGGGUCAACCAAACCGAGUGUCGAAGAAGUUAGUAAAUCUUUGAAACCAACAAUUACCAAGAAAACUUCAUUCACUGAUUACUUAAAAUCUGCCAAAACUAAAGCUAAAGAAGAAAAGGUAACAAUCGAAAAAAGUGACAAAACGAUUAAUUCAGAAGAACGAAAAACGGAACCAAUUCAACAAAGCGAGCAACUUUUAACGGACAAAAAGGAUAAUAAACUGGAACCCAAUAGUGAAGUAAACUUGAAAGACAAUACUGAUGACCUGAAAGCUACAGCUGGCUGUGCCCUAGGACCUGAUAAGAAUACUGGAAAAAACGAUUCAGAUAAAUCAGAAACGACUCAACCAAAACUUGCCCGCUCAGAAUCAUUUGCCGAUACAUCAUUAUUGUCUCCAGUUAAUGAAAGUGAUACUGAUUUCAAUUUCAAUGAGUUAGCAGAGAUACCGGAAGCAAAGGAUGGUUCAGUUGUGGCAGCAAAUGUGCUGGAGAACAUUGAUGAGAAUGAAAAUAUUUCGGAAGCUGAAACUGUUAUAGCAGAUGACCUUCCACGUCUCGAUGAAGGAAAGAAACUUUUACGUGAACAAACAGCAGAUGUAAAGAGACACAAAUUGAAGAAAACAAAAUUGAAUACUAUUUUUAGUUCCGAUGAAGAGGAGGAGGAGAUUCAAGAACCAGAUUUCAAACUCCAAGAACCAGAAAAACUACCAGAAGAUGACCAACAUCCUGAUUUUCAAAAUUCAAAAGCAACAACAGAAAUCAGUAACGAUAAAACAGAAGUAAACAAGCCAGAAGUGAAAGAGGUUGGCGAGAAAGAGAGAAAUCACCAACUAGAAGAUAGAUUACCAAUUAAAAAAGAGAAAAUGCGGUCGGAGAAUGCAAAGACAUCUGAAAACGGUGUCAGUUCAAAAUCAGAAUCUAAGAUUUCAAAGUCGAAGAAACUACCUUACAAAGUUAAACGUGAUUCAAGUGGUCGAUCAUUAUUACAACGAGCUUGCAAGAAGGGUAAUUUUGCAGAUGUCCAAGAUUACAUAGAGAGGGGUGCUAGUGCCAAUGAAAAGGAUUUCUGUGGAUUCACAUGCUUGCAUGAGGCAGCAUUGGAAGGUCAUACACAAAUUGUGAAAUAUCUCAUCGAAAAUGGUGCUAAUGUAAAUGCGAAAGCUGAUGAAGCUGGUGAUUCCGAGACACCAUUGAUCGAUGCAGCUGAAAACAAACAUCUUGAUUGUGUUAAAGUGUUACUAGAAAAUGAUGCUGAUCCUACUAUUUUCAAUAUUGAUGGAUUCACCGCUUUAACUAAGAUUUAUAAUGAACAUGAAGGAGAAGAAGGAUAUGAUGAAAUUAUUCAAGUUCUAGAAGAAGCAACUGCAAACUAUAACAGUCGUUUACCAAGAGAAGUUCAGUUUGUAUCAGAUGCUCCUAUUGGUAGUGGACCAAUCAUGGAGGAUCCAAAUGACAACUAUUUUGCAGAGCUAAUUAAAGGUAAGGGAAUAUAUAAAUACGCUGCAGAGAAUUCAAAAGAGAAAACAGCAGAAUAUUUUGUUGCUGGUCAUAAUUUAGAAGGAAAACCAGAUAUUUUAAUUUUAGCUGCUAGAAACGGCCACACAGAACUUGUUGAUAUUAUACUAGGGCUAAACCCUACACCUUUUAAUAUUGAUACCGAGUCAAGUUGUGGUGUUACUGCAUUAUUGGCCAGUAUUGGACGCGGUCAUUUUGAAGUUGUCGAUUCCUUGUUGUCCAAAGGUGCUGAUCCAUUCAAGACAAGAAAAAAAGAUGGGUUGAAUGCUUUAGAAAUUGCACAACACUCGCCACAUUUUGAUUCACGGGAAGUUAGUGUAAUAAUGAAAUUCAUGGAGAAGAAGAGUGGAACCAAAAUUUUGUCUGGUAUUCCGUCAAGGGUAGUAUCUCGUGCAACAUCUCGUGCACCUUCUGUUCCCGUAUCAUCAGACGAAGAUGACGUAGUGGAAGAAAAAGAAAUUACAGCACACACAGAAAAUAAAAGUGCUGAAAAGAAGCUGGAGGAUAAAAUCACGAAAACAGUUAAUGAGCAUGUCAGCAAUCGGAAACCCCACGAGUCUACAGGUCGAAAACUUGAAAAGACUCAUAGCAAUGAGGAAAGAAAGCGGAAACGUGAAUGGUCAGACGAUGAACCUAAAGAACCACAUCUUUUGAAGAAGUCAAAGUCUGAUUUGAAAUUGAAAUCACUACAUAGAGAAUUCACUUCUGAUGAUCACCACACCAGUGAAAGCCAUUCAGAUUCUUUUGCAGAAAAAAGAAAACAUUUAUCGGCAACGCCACCUGCUCCUCCGCCACCACCACCACCACCACCUUCUCAAGCAGUUAUCAAGGCACAAGAAGAACAAAAAAUCAAAGAUGCUGAAGAAGCUAGAUUGUGGCAAGAAAAGGUCGAAGCUAAAAAGAGGGCUCGAAGAGAAAUGUUUUUAAAGUCCGAGAAAGAAAAAGAGCAGAAACGGAAAGAAGAAGAAGAAUUGCGAGCACAAGAAGAAAAACGAAUUGCCAAAGCAAAACAGGAAGAACAGGAGAGACUUGCUAGAGAAGCAGAAGAGAAAUCGAAAGAACUAGAAGAAAAGAAAGUGGGGUUGCGACAACAGUUGACAUUAGAUCAUUAUCCGAUUGGAUUGCGUUAUUGCAAGUUUGAUGGAAACCCAAAUAUCUCGGCUGUUGAUAAAUUUUUGCCUUUCUAUGUAUUUGUAAUCGACGAUAAAAAGUAUGCUGUUGAUUUGCAAGUCUCCUUGAUCACGUCAACGGUUGUCAGCAAGGUUAUCAAUACUGUACAACCUCAUCAGAAGAGAGAAAUAAAUGCAACUGAAAAAAGCAAAUUGUGGAAGCUCUUUUUCAAGUUUAUUGGUAUUGAUCCUAGGAAUCCAAAUUGUGAUCAAAGAAGCUCAAUAACAAAUGGUCAAAAACAGUUUCAAAAUUUGUUGCUUCAUUUUGUGGAGGUAGAUUUAGCUGAAGAAUUUUUAAAGGAAUUUCCAGAAGUACACUCAAAAGCAAAAGAUAACCAAAUUGAUGUUAGUUUAGAGUCUUUGAGUGGGUUUUCUGAUUGCGUCAAGGAUGAUAUAAUAGUUGAUGGAAAUCUUGAAAUUGAUAUUGAUUCCAAGAAAAUCGAAAAGUUUAUUCCUCCUCAUUUGAAUACUAGGAAAGACAUUAUUAGGACUGUCAGUACUUUAGCACACCCACUAUGGUGA